AUUCAGAGACAGACGGAUCUCAGGUCAUCUGCAGCUGCAGCAAAGGAGAAGCAGGAAAGAUGGCGAUCAUCCAUUAGACCGACCGGGCGCACGCAUGAAAUACGAGGACAACUUUUGGGAGGAUCGCUUGAGGAGAAGAUUGUACCAGUUUCCCUGAUUUUCCAGGGAGUGCUCCCACGUUUCAGUGAUGGAGGUGUUGCAGUGUGACGGCUGCGACUUACGUGCAGAGUCAUACGAGGACUUGAAGACCCACAUUCAGGAAGUGCACACCGUUUUCCUGCAGCCUGCAGAUGCAGAUGGGUCUGGCUCUCUGAAAGACGAGGAUGAAGUGGAGGAGGAAUAUGAGGACAAGGAUGACAAGGAUUAUACGCCUCCUAAAGCUGGAAUGAGCCCCAACUCUACUGACAUUUCCAACCAAACACCACAAAAGCAGACAGCUGAAACCCACAUGCCAUUUUACCAGUGCAAGUUCUGUGUCCGUUACUUCAGAUCGAAGUCAUUCUUAAGAAACCACACCAAAAAGGUGCAUAAUGUUGUGGAGGAGGAUUCAGAUGCAAGUAUCUCGUUGCAGACAGCUAAGCAGCCCGGCUACACUGUCAUAAUGCAAAACGACCAUUCAAAGGUGUACUCCUGUCAGUAUUGCACAUACAAGUCUCCACGCAAAGCAAGGAUAAUGAAACACCAACUAAUGUAUCAUAAUAAGGUUCCCGCAGAGAGUGCUGGAGAUCUUUCAGAAUACACUGAGACCGGAGAGGAAUCUGACUCAGCCGGUGGACUCAUGAAGGGAACAUUUGCCUGUGAAUGGUGCGAAUAUCAGACUGACCAAAAGGACAGCUGGACUGAUCAUGUGGUGAAGGAGCACAGUGACAAGGUCAAGAUAGUUUCCAGCAUUGCAGAGCUGGAAGGGGAGGCUAGUGCAAGCUCACCCAAACCACAUUCUCCCUCCGCUUCCCAAAGCCCGACUAGAUUAAAGAUAAGUUCCACUGAUGUUGGUGAAAAGGAAGGGCCAGUAGAACAAUCGUCAGAAAACACCUUGGAGAAAACAGUCCCGGAGAUCUCAUCCUUUCAUUACACACAGAUUAGUGCAGUAGCACCCAACAGCACAGGUUCCUCUAUUUUGUCCAAGAGGUUCUCUUCAUCUGAUGUCUCCAAAAACAUCGUAGAGAUGGACACCGACGUAGUUAAUGAGGAAGAUUCUCGUAGCAGCUUAGAGGAUGAUGAUGAUGAAGAAGAGUUAGGCGAUAUGGAUGAUCCCAGCUAUACUGGGACCCUGUCAGCAGAUGCAAAGCAGCUUUUAACUGAUGAUGAUAAUAAAUUACUGGAGACAAAAGGAAUACCCUUUAGAAAGUACAUGAACCGAUUUCAGUGCCCCUUCUGCUCCUUCCUCACCAUGCACAGGCGGAGCAUUUCCCGCCACAUUGAAAACAUUCAUCUUUCUGGUAAAACCACAGUAUAUAAAUGUGAUGAAUGCCCAUUCAUUUGCACCAGCCCUCUCAAACUAGGCACACACAAACAGAGCCACAUAUCCUCAGAUUUGGACACCAUGGACUUAACAAGUGAUAGUCCAGAUCCUCUCAAUGACACUGCCGCAGAGCCAGUUAAUGGGGGUAGUGUUAGUUCCAAAGUCAAUGGAAAAAAGAUAACCAGCACACCAAACGACCAGCAGAAUCCUCAUCGCUGCACGCUCUGCAGCUUCUCUACCACCACUCUGAAAGGUCUGAGGGUUCACCAGCAGCAUAAGCAUUCCUACUGUGAUGACCUAGAUCCCUCUGCCUUUGAAAGCCAGCUGACUGACCAGCAGGACUCUGAUGUGGACGCUUCUCCAAUCUUCCUACAAAAAACUCAGACCUCCAUUUUAGGACUUGCCACCAAAAAGCCCUUCGUAACAGGGAAAAGAGCCAGAAAGUCCAUUAACGACUUGCCUUUGGAUUUGUCCUCGGUUAAGAAGAGAACUAGAAUUGAUGAAAUUGCCAGUAACCUUCAAAGUAAGAUAAGCCAAAGCCAACAGGACAUGAUCAUAAACUUAGAUGACAUGGAUGAUGAAGACGCGGGAGAAAAUCAAGCCGGUGCUGAAGCAGACGGUGGAAACCAUGACAAUAAAAACCCUGUCUUCACUUAUAACACACAACAGCUUCAUGCAAGAGAAUCAAUGAUUUCUCAAGAGGUAGGCAGAAUAGGAAAAAGAAAAAGCAACCCUAAGUCAAAACCUAGAAACAUUCCUAUAUCAUUGACUCUAUCAGAUGACAGUGAAAACAUCUCUGCUGACCCCAGCGACAGUGCUAUCCAAGAGAACGCUGACUAUUCAGAGGAAGCAGGAACAGCACGAUUCUACUGUAAACACUGUGAUUACCACAACAAAUCAGCUCGUAGCGUCAGCACCCACUACCAGAGGAUGCACCCUUACAUCAAGUUCAGCUUUAAGUACAUCCUGGACCCCGAGGACCAGAGUGCAGUCUUCCGCUGCUUAGAGUGCUUCAUCGAAUACACAAAUUACAAUGAUCUGCAUCAACACUACAUGGAACACCACCCUGAAGCAAGCAACGUGCUCAACUUCAACCAACCAGAUCUGGUAUACAUGUGCCGCUUUUGUUCCUACACAAGCCCGAAUGUCAGGAGCCUAAUGCCCCAUUACCAAAGAAUGCACCCUACAGUGAAAAUCAACAAUGCUAUGAUCUUCUCUAGCUAUGUAGUGGAGCAGUCCCACAAAACGGGUGAAUCUCAAACCCUGAGGGAAAUAUUAAACUCGGGCCCCAAGAAUUUGAACUCAGCCACGUCAACCCCAAGGUCGUCCUCCAGCCCAGUGCCGAAAACCGCCCCCAAGACCCCUGAACCUAAUGCUGAGGCAGACCUCCUUAAAGAAUCUAUGGGUGGUAAUGUUGUUGUCUAUGAUUGCGAUGUGUGUUCUUUUGCUAGUCCCAACAUGCACUCUGUGUUGGUCCACUAUCAGAAGAAACACCCAGAGCAAAAGGCUUCUUAUUUCCGUAUACAGAAAACCAUGAAGGUCAUCACGGUGGAUCAAUCGCAGUCUGUUGCAAACUCUUCACAUAAUAUAAGCAUGGCAACGCCUCCAAAACAAUCAAGCACUGCGCUGUAUGGAUCAGAUGAAGAGAUGUACUACUGUAAACACUGUGUGUACAGUAACAGAUCUGUUGUUGGUGUGCUGGUCCACUAUCAAAAGAGACACCCAGAAGUAAAAGUAACGGCAAAAUAUAUCAAACAUGGUGCCCCCACCCCAGGUUUGAUGAAAUUAAUGGAUGAACUGCAAAUUGCAGCUCCCAAACAGUUUUUGAAGCAGUUUCAAAAUAACGGUCAUGAUGGAUCUAACAGCACGAGCACGAAACCAGGAAGUGGUGAGAAAGGUGAGGACGAGCUGUUCUUCUGUCAGCACUGUGAUUAUGGCAACCGCACUGUUAAAGGAGUGCUUAUCCAUUACCAGAAGAAGCAUAGGGAAACCAAGGCCAACGCUGACCUUGUGCGUCGUCACACUGCAGUAGUCCGGAGUCAGCGCGAGCGUGCACAGAUGGUUCAGUCGAGUUCAGUCUCUUCUGCAUUGAUCCCAGCCCCUCCGGACCCGGAAAACACUACGCCACUGCGCUCCUUGAAGUGCAGACACUGUACCUACACAUCCCCCUACAUCUAUGCUCUGAAGAAACAUCUGAAGAAAGAGCACCCUACUGUUAAAGCCACAGCCAUGACAAUUUUACACUGGGCUUACCAAGACGGCGUCCUGGAGGCUGGCUACCACUGUGAGUGGUGCAUUUACUCCCACGCUGAACCCCAGGGCCUGCUGCUCCACUACCAAAGACGCCAUCCUGAGCACAAUGUGGAUUACACUUACAUGGCCAGCAAGCUGUGGGCUGGUCCAGAGACCACCCAACAAGGGGGCAAUAUGGAAACUAAACAUUACAAAUGCAGAGACUGUGCCUUUGAGGCCUGCACUAUAUGGGACAUCACUAGUCACUAUCAGGCAGUCCACCCUUGGGCCAUUAAAGGGGAUGAAUCUGUGCUUUUGGAUAUUAUCAAAGGAAAUGGCUCCGCUGAAAAUAUAAACCAGCAGGUUGCCAAAGAAGAAAUGUCUUUCGAAUGCCAACCUGUUGAAGAGGAUGGCGCGCUGGUCAUUGUCACCACACCUCAAGAAAGCAAUCCCCAUCCUGUCCACCCACGUCUUUCCCUAACUAACAAUACUUACCAGUGCACUGUAUGUCUGUCAGAGUACAACAGUCUCCAUGGCCUCCUCACUCACUAUGGGAAGAAGCACCCAGGCAUGAAAGUAAAGGCUGCAGAUUUUGCACAGGAGGCAGACAUCAACCCCAGCUCUGUGUAUAAAUGUCGCCACUGUCCGUAUGUUAACUCCAGAAUCCACGGUGUUCUAACUCACUAUCAAAAGAGACACCCAUUGGUGAAAGUCACUGCGGAAGACUUUGCAGAUGAUAUCGAGCAAAUCACUGACGCAAACGAGGGGGAUGACAAGUGCAAAACUCAAAGGCAAGGCUACGGGGCAUACAGAUGCAAAAUGUGCACGUACACUCAUGGGACACUGGAGAAACUCAAAAUCCACUAUGAGAAAUAUCACAAUCAGUCGGCCUCUGAAAUGUUUUCUGCUUCUAUGACAUAUUUCACUCCCGGUAAAGUAGGAGAGCCAGUAGCGGAAUGCAGUGGUGGUAAUAUAUCAAGUGCAGCAAAAGUCCAGGAGGUUGGUGAGUUGGACCUUGCCCUCUCCCAGUUACCCAUCAAUAAGACAGAGAAACAUGCUGUUUUCAAGUGUCAGCUCUGCAAAUACUUCUGCUCCACCAGGAAAGGCAUCGCACGGCACUACCGUAUCAAGCAUAACAACGUCCGCGCUCAGCCAGAGGGUAAAAACAAUGUCUUCAAAUGUGCUCUGUGCGCAUACACAAACCCUAUACGCAAAGGUCUGGCAGCACACUACCAGAAGCGGCACGAUAUCGAUGCCUAUUAUACCCAUUGUCUGGCUGCUUCCAAGACUAUGACUGAAAAGCCUAUCAAAGUGAUAGCAGCCCCGCCGCCAGAAGUGGAAAAUACAGAAAUGAGUGAAGACUUGCGCUUGGCUGUGGAGAGACGAAAGUGUUCUCUUUGCCCCUUUCAGGCCUUCAGCAGGAAGAGCAUUGUCUCUCACUACAUUAAACGCCACCCAGGUGUCUUCCCCAAGAAGCAGCACGCUAGCAAACUUGGUCGCUACUUUACGGUUAUCUAUGCUAAAGAACCAGAGAAGGUUGCUGUCAGUGAAAUGGCAGAAGACGACAAGGAAGUCCUGGAGGUUCAGCCUGAACCUGAGCAGGACGGAGAAGUCGAUUGGCUGCCAUUCAAGUGUUUAAAAUGCUUCCGGUUGUCCUUUAAUACAGGCGAGCUGCUCUCUAUGCACUACAACGACCACCACAGCAAUGACUUGAAGAGGGACUUUGUGGUGUCGCCAGGUCCCGGGGAUGAGGACGCUGAGUUGUACAAGUGUUCUCACUGUGAGCUGAAGUUCCUGGCUCUCCCAAAUCUGGCUAAACAUCUAUUGAACCACAAUGAGGAGUUUCAGAAAAGGGCCAUGAGGCAGGAGCGAAGGAGGCAGCUGCUCUGCAAACAGAAAGCCACAGAACCCGAGACCAAACCUGAGAAGGAAAGCACUGAAAAUAAAGCUCCCAUUGGAUUCAGGUGUAACUUCUGUAUAGAGAUGCACCCCACCCUCCGAGCCAUCUGCAACCACCUUAGGAAGCACGUCCAGUAUGGAGAGGUCAAAGAGGGACAUGUCAAGCAGGAAGUCAGCGAGGUCCCCUUGACCCUGCCUUCAGAGACUCUGACAAAUGGUGACAUCGAGGAGGAUGAAGCAGCUGAAGCUGACAGCCUCGAGAGUCCCUCGCCCUCGAUGAUGGUUUCCACAGAUUCUGUUGGUGUUGCUGCAGAGACACUGGAAACAGAAAGGGAAACUGUCGGAGGAAGAGCAGCUGCCCUCGUGGCAGCGGCGAGGGCCGUGGUGUCAGAGGGCGAACUGAAGCAGCGAUUAGCAGCAGGGGGUCACCCAUGUGCCCAGUGCGACCGAGUCUUCAUGUCCAUGCAGGGACUGAGGUCCCAUGAGAGGAGCCACUCAGCCAUGGCAAUGUUCAGCAGAGAAGACAAAUACAGCUGCCAGUACUGCCAGUUCGUCUCACCCUUCAGACACAAUCUGGACCGACAUGUGCAGUCUCACCAUGGCCACCACAAGCCCUUCAAGUGCAAACUCUGCCCCUUUAAAUCUGCCUACGUGAGUCGAUUGAAGAGCCACCUGCAUAAGGCACACACAGGUGAGCAGCACACAUACAAGUGCUUGUCAUGCCCCUUCUCCUCUAUGACCAUCAGCCUGUUGAAGGAGCACUCUCUGGUGGACCACGGCGAGGAACUGACCCUCCCCAAACUGCGGGCUGCUACCCAGGCUGCUCACGGAGCCCUCAGGCCUUCACGAUUGCCCAGUAGCACAGAGCAGGCUCCCCUUGACCCUGAUGAUCCAUCAUACCUGGAGCCAGCGGAUGUCCGUCAGCAGCUUAGUCAUUACCAGCUGGCCUCCCGCAGUCAGAAGUCUUCCAGCUUGAUACCUGGCAGCUCAACACUGGCUGAUAAUCGACCAGAAAGCAUCCUCACUUGUGAGUUCUGUGAGUUCAGCUCUGGGUACAUGCAGAGCCUGCGCCGGCACUACAGGGACCGCCACGGUGGCAAAAAGCUCUUUAAGUGCAAAGACUGUUCCUUUUUCACCUGCUACAAGAAUACCUUCACUAUGCAUGUGGAGGCCGGUCACAACAACAAUGCACCUGAAAACCUCCCUAAAGACCUGCGCUGCCCACUCUGCCUCUACCACACCAAACACAAGAGCAAUAUGAUUGACCACAUUGUCCUGCACAGAGAGGAGCGUGUGGCGCCGCUGGAGGUCAGCCGCUCCAAGCUGUCGCGCCACUUGCAGGGCCUCGUUUUCCGGUGCCACAAAUGCACCUUCACAUGCUCCAGUGACCAGGCCCUGCAGCUGCACCUGCAGAAGCACGCUGAGAUCAAACCCUACCAGUGCCAGCUCUGCUAUUACGACAGCAGUCAACGAAGCCAGCUAGAGGAGCAUCUGCGCCUCGAGCACAAGGUUAUCCGGAACUUCGAGCUGAUGGGCCGAGUCAACCUGGACCAGCUGGAGAUGAUAAAGGAGCAAGGAAGCAGCGCAGAGGAGGAGGAAGCUCGAGAAAUCAUGGAGAUGGUUAGAGGCAGAAAAAUAGCUGCAGAGGAGGAGGACGAGGACGAAGACAUGGAAAUGAUGGAGAACAUGGUGCAUGAACAGAGAGAGAUGGAUGAUGACAUUAUGGAGGGCGACAUCAAAGAGGAAGAGGAGGUGGAGGACGAAGAAGAUGUAGAUGAAGUCAGAGGGCUGGAUGGGGAGAUGCCUCGCCUACAAGAGAUCCUUGCUUCUCCCACCAGCAUCAGCAGCAGCUGUUCUGCAGUGAGUGGUGCAGAGAAGCGUCUUCCCUGUGAGUUCUGUGGCCGCUGCUUCACAAACAGCCUCGAGUGGGAACGUCAUGUCCUGCGACACGGCAUGACGGUCAACAACAGUAAAAUGGACACCAGCACCACCUCUGCAUUAGAGGUUUCAGCUUCAUCUUCCACCGGCUCCUCUGUUCUGUUGGACACAGGCUUGGACCUAUCCAACAACAGCAUUGAGGAAGCGAACACCGCUGAUCUAUCACUGGGAAGUCCAAGCCAGUACGUGGACGACAAAGAAAUGCUUGACACCAAAAAGGAUCAACAGUUUGCUUGAACUGAUUGUAGCCUAUUGGGAUACUGUGAUAGAAACUGAUAACAUCGGUUAAGUUCAGCACUGAGUUGCAUCAUAAAAUAGAAAUUUAAAGGACAAAAAAAAGAUUGAACCUGAAAAAAGUGACUGCUUUUGAGUUGGCGCAUUACUUAGAUUUUAGGUGUUACAUAUUUAAGUAUUAGAUUGUGCUGCAUAAAACGGCUGAGCUCUUUCAAUGGGCAGUCCCCUAGGACAGAUCUUAAUAUAUUGGUAACCAAUAGUGAACAGAACUCUUUAUUGCUGACAUUCUGGUCAAAUCUACCUUCAGUAAGAGAUCCCACAUAAAGAAAACCAAGCUAUUUAUGAAGAAUGUUGUCCAAAAUUAUGAACUAAAUUUUAGUAUUUUAUUAUUUCAAGCACCUUUUACACUUCCCCUCAAACAGGGGUACUGUAAAUGUACCCAAAAGGAACAAAUGAGAUACGAAAGCAUUUAAAACUGUGGCCCACUGUAGAGCUUCCUUCCUUAUGUCUUUUUUCAUCCUAGCCUUGUUUUAAAUGUGUAGAAGUGUUCCUUGAGAAAGAGUCGCACCUUAUCUAUUUUAGUAAAACCACAAAGCAUCUUUCCCUCAUUCUUAGAAAAUACCUACAAUUUGCCCCAAUGUUUGUAGCAAAUUGCUAUAUUUUAGUCCCUUAAAAUUAUACUACGUAUAAGCUUCAGCCUGUGGCACCCUUUGCAUUUUGACACGCCUUGUUUGUUGUCCAGUAAUUUCACUGAUUAAAUCAUUUAAAUAGUUUAAAUCCCCCGUCCCCUGUGAGCUAUCAUGUUGUUAGUCCAGGUUAAACUACAUUACAGUUAACCUUUGCACAGAUGAUCAAUAUAGCAAGAGUGGUAUUCAGAUUUAGUGGUAUAAGAGUGGUGCUGCAUUUCUACCAUUAAAACCGGGGGCGCUGUUGCAUCAUUCUACCAUUGAAGCCGGGAAAGCGGAUACGUCGUUUUCUGGUACAAGAGCUCUGUGGUAUAUUUGUGCAUUAAUUAUCGGCCUCUUAGCCCAACGAAAUGCAUCAGAAUAUACACGUGCCAUUGUUUUGAUUUUGUUCGAACAAUCAUGGCCGACUUAGACUACUGCGGAGGGAAUUUUGAAGUUAGUGAACGUAGGUAUAUUGACGAUAUGCUCGGCGCUGAUGACAUUAUUGCUGACUACUUUGAACCCGUCGAACCAAUCGACCGGGAUUUAUGGUUAAGACAUAUGUUUGAAGACGGCGACGAUGAUGACCAUGAGUUUGAAGGUUUUGAAACCAGGUUUUAGGGGGUUCUUCUAAAAUCGCCCAUAGGUUUUCCAGGCAUUUUUUCCAGGCGUUUUAGGCCUAAUUGCGUUAAAGUGUCAUGGCUGAAUUCAUGUGACAUACAGUGGGUAUCUGUUGAUGACCAAAGCAAUAGUUAUGUCUGCAACAUAAUUACAGUUUUCUGCAACAGUGGCAUCUUGAUUCAUACAGAUUACACUUGUCUUCUCAGUGAAAAAUUAACAAUUGGAUAUGCUAGUAUCCGGCUUUGUUCACAUACUGUAUGUGCUUACGCAAAUGAGAAUUUAAUGUUUAGUUGGGUAGAGGCUGAUCACUACAGCUGAGUGUUGAAGCCACUGCUUGAGUGCCUUAAAAUGCAGUUCCCUUAAUGGCUACUAAAUGGCUUUAAAAUAACGUCAGCUGUUAGGAAAUAACCAGGAAAUCAAAGCCAAAACUAAACAAAUGUGUUGCCUCAGCUGGUAGGCUCACUUCAAAAGUGUGCCCUAGUGGCCAUUUUGAAAGUGAUUGUUUAAAUGAAUCAGAUUGGAUUUAAUUAGGUUCAUUUAAUUGCACAGUGAGUAGCAGCACAAGAAAUGUGGUUGAGCAUCUAACCAGUUGGCGCAAAGCCUGUGAGGUUUAAAAGUGUCCAUUGGACAAGAAUAUAAAAAAGGUUAAUAUUCAUCAUCAGCCUCUGCAAUGCAGAUAUUUUAGUUUUAUUAGCCAAGCUUCUGAGAUUUUUGUCUAUGAGAUCUGUGGAGGUAUAUGGGAUUUAUUUGCUGUUUACUGCUGAACUGGGUAUAAAUGGAGCCAUGUUUGCUUGAUGGACAGGUUUCUUUGCCUUUGGUAGUCAGCCUUGGUGAUUAUCUCAACUCUAUCCAGGUCCCUCUUCAUGGCCCACAUUCAGAUUUGUCAGCUCCCUAUGAACGACCGGCUGGCAUUAAGCAUUAAACUCAAAUCUUGGCUUUGAGACGUUUCCUUGAAAAUGACUAAUCUACAAACAUGUCUUUCUACACUUUGUGGUCCAGUUUUGACAUGAUAGCAUACACUGAAAAGACAAAUGUGACUAGGUCGUACAUAAAGAUUUUUGCCACUGGGACUGUAUGUUGCAGAUUUUACUUUUUAAAGGUGUCAAAUCCCCCAAUUUAACCCCCUUUUAAAUUGCGUAAUAGGUCAGAUGUCAUAGCCUGCAUAUGUGUGCUUCUUUUUAGACAAAGAUGUCAUUAUUAUUGUUGAUACUGACAAAAGGCAGAGAUUGUAUUUGUUGGAAGUUGCUGCUUGAAUGCCCUAAAGCCUUAUAAGAUAAUGAAUAUCAAUUAUUUUUAUUUGUGACCCAAUCCAAUAAGACCAUUAAGCAACGUUAAACAAUCUUUUAAAAACCUGAUAACCACAAUAUUACAUUUGUAUAAGAGCACAAUCAAUGUAAUUGCGUUCUUGGUACCAAAAAGAUUUACCAAGCCCGCUGUAUUCUGCUGUGAUUGUCUUUCCUGAGCAUUGAACCAUUAAUGGAAAUCAGAAAUUUGGGUCUUGAACCAGGAACCCACAUGUUUGCAGCCAUGUAUAGAAGACAAAACUACUCGUUAAGUGUUUGAACCGUGGUGUUUCAGAAAGAUACUUUAACCCCUUUUUCCUUUAGGUGUUCUCAUUUCAAAAAAAUUAAUAAGAAAAAAAAAGAAAUCUAAAGAUGAUAGCUAACCCUUAGGGGCUUUUUGAGUCCCCAAUUCAACAUUAUCACGCUGUUGUACAAUGUCCGGUUACAAUGAAAAAAUCUCCUUUUUUGUACUGUGAUAGGAAUGAGCAGAUAGGAAAAGCGAUGUGGUUGUACAAUAUUUAAACAUGUGAAGGAAAACGAUGCAGUUCUCUACUAAUAAGAGUCAGGGCUUUUAUUGUGAAGAUGCAAAGAAAGAGACAAAGGAAACAAAUUCCUUCUGCUUGGUCCUUUUUCUGGGCUAAGGCACCAUCUGGGUUCCCAGUCGACCUCUAGAUCCCUCUGAGAGCCAGCUGACUCAUGUCCUGUCCACCAUCUGACACUCUAGUAUCUUCUAUCUGUCACCGGUCAGGACUUCAGCUCCCUCUAACUAGUCGACAAGAGUUAGGAAUGUAGCAGCCCCACUUCAUUCCUUGUAAUACCUUAAAACCUGCUGAGCUGGUGCUGAAUCUCAAAGGCCCUUUUUUCCAGACCAGCUUGUCACUUUUUGAAAGAAAAACUGUUUUAAACUGUUGUUGUAGAAAUAAGGUUUGUAAAGCAGCUUGUUGCCCAUUUUGAAAGUCCCACAUGAUAAUUGGGACAAUCUGGGUAAUGAAGCUGUCAACCCAAAAUUGUUUGUUGUUCUGUGAUCAUUUUAAUAGAAAAUGACUAUAAAGCCCUCACUGUGUGCAGUCUCUAGACUGUGAUAUUCCCAGUUUACCCAAAGUUAAGCCCCUGCUGACAACACACUGGAUACUUGUAUAUAUGUUUAGUUUGUUUCCGAUGCAUUUCUCUUUUCAGACUGUUGUCUCCAUAGUUUGACACUAGAAUCUCUCCUUCUUGCCUUUCUUCCCAUAUAAAUCUGACUACCUGAUGGUGGGUUGUGAUGUUGCCUAGAAUGAUUGUUUACAAUUUUAUUCCAUUUAUCUCUGGAUAUUCUGUAAAUAUUGUAAUUCAUUGUCUUUUUUUAACUUGAUAAUAAAGUUAUCAGAUAACGGUUA